UGAGCGGUCAAUAGCGCAGUAAACGAAAGUUAAUUAUGAUUACGUGGUUUUGUGUUCAGGUCUAAUAAACUCUCCCUGAUGUUAGAUAAAAGUGAUUCACCGAGCAAAAAUCACAUCGCUCCAACAAGCAUCUCAGCUCACGAUAGUAAAAACGAAUGGAAGUGUGGUGGCAACACUAAACCAUUGCACAACAGCAGUGAUCUUAAAAUUAUAAGAGAAAGGAAAAAGAAUAAAAUCAAAGCCAGUUUGAAAGAUUCUCGCUAUAAAAUAGUGGAUCAAUGUAUUAGAGAGGCAGGAUUCACGGUAGUUGACAAUGAUGAUAACAAUGACGCGUAAUGUGCAUAUUAAAUGUAACAUGCAGUUAAGAUAUUUAAUAUGGAGCGACAACUUUCUGCCUUUGGAGAGGAUCAUGAAAUUGAAGCCGUACCAACGCGCCAAUCACUUUCCUGGUAUGAUUGAAAUAUGUCGAAAGGAUCUCCUUACCAAGAAUUUCUCAAGAAUGCAGAAGGCUGAGCCAGAUGAAUAUAAUUUUAUGCCAAAUACAUGGGUCCUACCACAAGAAUUUGGAUACUUUUCAAAUUAUGCAAGAAAAUUAUAUCGACAAGGGUGUAACGCAUGCUUCAUACAAAAACCAGCUAAUGGAGCUAUGGGACAUGGAAUUCGUUUAUAUUGUAAUAUGAAUAAAAUAUCAGGAAAUGUAAAUGAUAACAUAAUAAGUGUUAUCCAAGAAUAUAUUGAACAUCCAUUACUUAUUGACGGAUAUAAAUGUGAUCUAAGAGUUUAUGUUUUAGUUACAUCAUGUGAUCCGUUAAAAAUUUUCAUAUAUAAUGAAGGUUUAGUACGCUUGAGCGCUGAGAAAUAUAUUAAACCAAGUGAACCAAGUGGAGAUUCAAUUUAUCGACAAUUAACUAAUUAUACUAUAAAUAAACAUCAUACACAAUAUAAUCGUUCCAAUGAUGAUAUAUCUGGUAGUAAACGUUCAUUUGCAUUCUUUAAUCAUUAUAUACAUCAAAUGAAGAAAUCGAAUCCACUGAUUAUUUGGGAUAAAAUCUAUGAUUUAAUUAUUAAAACAUUAAUUAUAGCAUUACCACAUCUUGUACAUUUUUAUCGUAUUUCACAACAUAAAUCAAAUCAGAAUUACAUUCAUAGUAAUAACAAACACAGUCUAAAACAAUCUGGAUAUUCUAAAAGUAAACAAGAUUUAACAAUGAAUACUAAACAAUUCAUAUACAAUAAAGUUAGUCAUGAUCUUAAACAAACAUCUAGGACAACAUCAACAUUAAUGAUCAAAUCUAAAGUUGAUCAAGACCCAACAUUAUCAUCAUCCUCAUCAUUGAUUUGUUCAAAUUUAUUUGAAAUAUUAGGUUUUGAUAUAUUAAUUGAUGAACAGUUAAAUCCAUGGUUAAUUGAAGUGAAUCGUUCACCAAGUUUUAAUACAGAUCAACAAUUAGAUCAACAAAUUAAAUAUAAUUUAUUAACAGAUACGAUUCGUUUAUUAAAUAUUAAACCAUCAGAUAAAUCUCGUGUGGAAAAGCAACAAAAAUUAACUACAAGAAAACGUUUAUAUAGUAGUCACUCUGUACAAACAAGAAAUUGGAUGUAUAAAUCAAAUUCCAAUAAUCAAAAUGAUAAGAUUCAUAAAUAUUUCGACAAUAAUCGAUUGUCUACCAAAAAACAUGUAAACCAUGAAUUGUUUCGUCGUGAUAAUGUCCAUUUAAAAACAACUUACCAAUCACCUUUUGCAAACCAUUCAGAUAUUGACUAUUUAAAAUUGAUUAAUGAUCAAGAUCAAUUGGAGGAUAAAAAGCUCAGUUGGAAAAUUGAUCGUUUAAAACAACAGUUAUCUAGAAUACGUCAACAAUUAUCACUUGAAUUCUAUGAACAUCAUAAUUGUGGUAAUUGGCAUCGAAUAUUUCCAUCUGAUAAUUCAACAUUACAAACAAAAUAUGCAUCAUUAAUUAUGACAAGUUUUAAACAAUUUUUAUAUUCUAAUCAUAAUGAUAUAUUGAAUGAAAUAAAAACUACUUAUUUAAAUCCAAUCACUGAAGAUGACAUUUAUGAUGAAUUGUCAAAAUUAAUAAAAAAAGAAUCAAAAUCAAAGCCUGGAAUAAAUGUUGAACAGUAUUUGACUGCAGUAUGGUCACACUGUGUAGAUGACCGUGACACAAGUGAUAACAAUGAUUCUGAUGAUGAUAUAGAUUACGAUGGUAGCUUUGUUCAUAGCAAUGAAAAUUCUACAAACCGAAUGCAUUUACCAAAUGAUUAUUUUAUUAAGUCAUCAAUGGAUAGAAAAAUGAAAAGUAUGUCAACAUUGUCAACAUUACCACCAUCAAAUCAUGUAUCUUUUAAUGAUGCUAAUUUAAAAGUAAACUCAACCCCAGUAUCUCCAUGUAAAUUCUCAUUAAAUGAAAAUUGUAAUGUUACGAAACAGAUAACAGAUAAGCUAUCACUUGGCAAGAAGUGCAAAUCAUUAGACAUUGAACGAAAUUUAAAACAUGCAAAUAAACGAAUACAAACUACUGAUUAUGAUAAUAAUAAUAAUAUCUCUCCGGUAUCGUUUCCCCGUACUAAUCAAAAUGGUGGUCAUGAUAAUACUCAACACGUUGGCGACGAUCAAGGUUCAAUGUUUUAUGUUGAUUCGACUAAUAAAUAUUUGUCAUGCACUACUGGAUCGGAUCAAAAGAAAGCAUGUAAUUCAAAGUCAAUAGCAAACAUCAAAGUAGGUAAACAUGAAAUGAAUAUUCUAUUAGAUGUUGAUGAUAAAUUUAACAAUUUACAUAAUUUAAAACUAUCAUCUUCUAUAAACAAUAAUGAAUAUUUGAAUAAGAUAGCUACUACUACUACUACUACUAAUACUACUAAUUAUCAAUUUAUACCGAAACAAAUAUGUUUCCUACCAAUUAUUCAUUGGAAUUAUUGUACAUUGAAUGAAAUUCUACCAUCAUUAUUAAAUAAGAAAUUAAAUGAAUCUUUAUUAAUUAAACAACAAUUAAUGAAAUAUAUUGAACAAUAUGAAAAUAUGAUUCAAAAUCAAAUGACAUUAAUGAAUUAUUAUACAUGUAUGAAUAUGUUAGCAAAUGAAUUAUCCAUUAGAAUAAUGUAUACAAAUAAAUUAGAUCAAUUCAAUUCGAAUACAUUAGAUAAACAAGAUUUAUUAUAUUAUUAUAAUAUACAAUGUUUUAAUAAUAAACGAAUGAUUGUAUAUAGACAUGAUGAAUUAAUACAAACAAUAAUAAUGAAUUGUUUGAAUUCAAUGAAUUUAAUGAAAAUUGAAAUUAAAUUAGAAGGUGAUUAUUUGCCCAAUGAAGAUAUCAGUAAACAAUUUGAAAACGGUUUAAUGAAUAAAUUUAUUCGUGGUUUACGAAUAACACGUUUAUUAAAUCGAAUCAAAAAUCGAUUAUUAAUAAAUCAUGGUCAUUUAUUUCAAAGUAUAAUUCAAAUGAUACCUAAUGUACCAGUAAUGAAUGAAACAAUAAUGGAUAUGCCCAUGAAACAUUUAAUUACGGAACCAUUAUUAAAUGUUGAGGAAUUAUGUUGUAAACAUUUUCUUAGACUUUGUAUAGAAUCUUUUAUUUUAGAUCAUUUGAAAUAUUUAGAUGAAUUAAUUAAAACUACUGACAAUAAUGAUGAUAGUAUACAUUUCAAAAAGAUUACUUAAAACGUAUAUUUAUACAUAAACAAUAUUUCUUGUCAUUA